AUGCUCGACAAUGACGACGAAUGGAUGGACAGAAUUGCUCUCGAUUCCAUCUAUCAAGCACUCCCUCAGAACGUUCUUCUCAUGGUGACUGAGAAUGAUUCUACCAAGCUAGCAUUGGAGAUGCUAAAGAUAAUGCAUGUUGGAGUGGAGAGAGUCAUGGAGGCAAAAGUGAAAACCUUGAAGACACAAUUCGAGGCGAUUCGCAUGAAGAAUGGGGAAUUGGUGGAUGAUUUAUCAAUGAAAUUGAUAUCUAUUGUGACUGGUAUUAGCUCGUUGGGAGAGAAGAAAAAUGGAGAAGCCAAAUUUUCUUCUAGAUCGGCAAGUCGCAGCGGCAAUGGUGGAGAUAAUCGAGGUCGUGGAAAAGGGCAAGGUCAAGGGAGUGGUCAUACAGAAAGCUCACCUCGACAAGAAGACACCAAGUCCCACAAAGACGAGAGCAUAUGUAAGUGUUACACUUGUCAACAGUACGGGCACUACGCGUAUGAGUUCCCUAACAAAAGGUCUGACGAUGAGGCAAACCUCUCUAACUUCUAUGAGGAGGAGCCAACAUUAAUGUUUGUUUUGGUAGUGAAGAAAUCUUUUUCGGAAGACGAUUAUGCAAACCUCACUUAG